GAGACACCGGGUGGAACUGCGCAACCCGUUGUACGACAGCUACGCCAUGUAGCUGCAACCUUGGAGCUUUACACAAUUUUUCUACAAUACCAACUAAACGGGCUACCAGUAUAAAACUAAGCAGUCGCGAACACAGGUAUCAGUCAACUGCUUAGAUCAGAUCAGUGCACUGGAAAUAUGAGAGCUUCAUUGGUCUGCUGCGUAGCCCUAGCGGCGUUAGCAUACGUAAGCUGUAGAACUACUCGGGAGAAACGUAAUGCAGAUUUGGAAGUAGCAGCCAGCCAUCAUGGUGGCAAGUGGGAUAAGGGUGGCGGCCAUGAACACCAUGCUCAUCAUCACCACGACCACGGAGAAAAGGGACACAAAGGAUACAAAGGACAUCAUCACCACGAGCAUGGCAAGAAGGGUCACCACCACCAUGAAGGACAUAAAGGUCACCACGACGAACACGGUGGACACAAAAAGCAUCAUCAUCAUGACGAUGGACAUCACCAUGAACACCAUCAUGGCGAGAAGGGCCAUAAGGGCCAUGGUCAUCAUGAAGAGGGUCACUACCAUAAAGGACACUCCACCAAGGGUCAUCACGGCGUACACAAGCACGACGAGUUUAAGAAAGAAAAGCACUUCCAUGAUCAUCAUCAUGACGGCGGUCACCAUGAGCACCACGGUGGGCAUCACGAGGAGCAUGGACACAAAAAAGGAGGAGAGUUCCACAAGGGACACAAGUACCAUGGCCACCAUGAGCAUGAGCAUGGUAAGAAGGGUCACCACGAAGAAGGAGGACAUCACCACGACCAUAAGGGACAUCAUGAGGAAGAUGGUCACCACCACCAUCAUCACCAUCAUCAUGACCAUGGAAAGAAGGGUGGCCAUGAGCACCACAAGCACUGGGGCCACAAGAAGGGACACAAGUAAAUGUUUCUCUGAGACUGAAAUCUGUCGAUUCGAGUUAAUGAAGUCUUUAUUUAGUUGUAUCUAAUUAAGCUUUCAUACUGUGUUAAGGUUUGUUGACUGUGAUGUUUUGUUAUAAAUAAAAAUAAAUG